AUGGUUCGUACACCAAGGAAAGAGACUAGAGAGAAUUGUCAUGCUACAUUUGCUGUGAAGUAUUGUCCUAAACGGGAUGCUUAUAUUGUGACUAAAUUUGUAACGGAGCACAGCCACCGACUUGCUAACUCUCGUGAGGUGCCUUUUCUUCGUUCGCACCGGUGUGUUACGGAAUCUAACAUAGCACAAUCUAUGUCUAUGAGAAAAGCCUCUAUUAAAACCAAUCAGACAUACGACUAUAUGGUUAACCAAGCAGGUGGAUACAUGAAAGUGGGGUUCACCAGUAAGGAUCUAUAUAACAGGAUGGAUUUCGAGCGUCGACAAGUGGUAUUGGAUGGUGAUGCAGAAGCAGCAAUAAGCUACAUGAAUGCCAAGGCAAUAGCGGAUCCGGAAUUUUUUUGCAUUUUUAGUGUAGAUGAGGAGAAUAGAUUGGCAAAUUUCUUUUGGAGAGACUCUCAAUCUCUACACGAUUAUUGUUGCUUUGGGGAUGUGGUGAUAUUUGAUAGCACGUACAAAACCAACGUAUAUGACAAGCCUUUAGUGGUGUUUGUUGGUGUAAACAACCAUAACGCGACUGCAGUUUUUGGUUGUGCAUUUCUUGUUGAUGAGACUGCUGAUACAUAUCGUUGGGUACUCAGAACUUUUUUGAUUUCUAUGAAGGACAAGAAGCCUGUAUCUAUUGUCACGGACGGGGAUGAGGCAAUGCGUGUAGCGAUUGAUGAAGUUUUUCCCGAUGCACAUCAUCGUUUAUGUACAUGGCACAUCAUGAUGAAUGUGAACACCAAUGUGAAUAACCCAGAAAUUGUAAGGGACUUUAGCUAUUGUGUGCAUGGUGGUUUGACACCAGUGGCGUUCGAACAACAUUGGCAACAAAUGAUAGAUACAUAUGAUCUAAAAGGCGAUUGGAUCGAGAUGAUGUACCGUAAACGGAAACGAUGGGCUGAAGCGUACUGCUCAGGGCAUUUUUUUGGUGGGAAUACCACAACACAACGUGUCGAGGGUAUGCAUAAGAACUUGAAGGAUGGAAUUGGUAGAGGCAUGAAGUUAGUGGAGUGUAUGCCACGGAUUGAAAGAUCGUUAUUGAGGUUGAGAAAUGAGAAUGUGAAGGAUGACUUUGAUUCCAACAAUUCACACCCACUCCUUCGUACGCACCUCCGAUCACUAGAGGAACAUGCAGCUUCUAUUUUCACUCACGAUAUUUACAAGUUGAUAAGAAAUGAGAUAAACAAGGAGGCUAAAUUAAUUCUCGUGCAACCCGUAAGAAACAAUGAAGAUCCUCGUGUUUACACAUUUUCCAAAUUUGGAAGACCCGAUGAGAAAUGGACUGUAGUGUACUACAAGAAAGAGCAACAUCUGCAGUGUUCGUGCAAAUUAUUUGAAUCCAGUGGAAUUCCAUGUUGUCAUAUGUUUGGAGUCAUGAAAUGUGAUCAUAUGGAUCAAAUACAUCCGUCCGUAAUAAUGAAGAGAUGGACAAAGGAUGCAAGACGUGGGAGUGAAUUUGUAGUCAAGUCGGAUGAUGUUCCCAACGAAACUAUUCAAAUGGCUAGGUUUGGGUCAUUAAGCUCUGAUUUUAACAAGCUUUGUUUUUAUGGGUCGCAGACAGAAGUCGCUUACAAGAGGCUAAAGGCUGAAUUUGGGAGAUUAAAUACUUUGGUUGAGAGAUGGAAGGAGCAACAUGAGCAAACUAGUCUUAAUCUAGGAUGCCAUAAUAAUGUUGUAAGAGACCCCAUAGUUGCUAAGACAAAAGGAACGCAAACAACGGGAAGCAAAGGCAAAAAGGCCCCACAAUGCGGAGAGUGCAAGGUUACUGGUCACAACAAAAGAAAAUGUCCAAAAAGCGUUUUGUUGGUGAGAGAGGAGUUUUGA